AUGUCGGGUUUCGAAGGCCGGGUCAUGGAGGUCUUCUGGGACGGCUUCGACAAGAGCGUCCGAGCAGAACUCGACUGGUUCUGGAGGGACCAGCGCACCCUGACCGACGUCACCGUGUGUUGCGAGAACGGAUCCGUGAGAGCCCACAAACUCGUGCUGGCUUUGUCGUCUUCGUAUUUCCACAACAUGUGUGUGCAGAGUCAAUCGGCCUGCGCGAACUCUGUGAUCUCACUGCCCGAUGUAAAAAUUGAAGAUUUCAAACUGAUUCUGGAGUACAUGUACCGCGGCAAGGUUUUCAUCAACGAGAUGUCUGCCGAGCGGCUGAUCAAGCUCGCUCGCGUACUCCACAUAAAAGGCUUCGGCUCGCAGAACCGACCCCAGAAAGAGCGUCAGCGUAGCGGGAGCGAGAGCUCCCAAUACGUCGACUCCGAUGACAACGAAAGUCAGAAGCCGAAGCGACCGAAAGUCCACAUCCGACCAGAGGAGAUCGCCAUGGACAAUGUUGCACCGAACCGCGUGACCAGAGCUACGGCUUCGAGCCAAGCUCUAACUUCGGGGCACGGCCACCGGAACGGGAGAGCGCAGACACCGAAUAGCCGAAGAGUGGUGGGUCCCCGCAGCCGGAAGCUGUCCGAACCUGCCGGAUCGAACAGUUUGAAAAGCUCACACGACAGGAUCCCCAUCGGUCCGAUAUUCGCUGAUACUCCCGAAAGAGCGGGGAUACAAGACGCAACAAUCUCAGACCAACCGGGGCCGAGCGGAGCGAGAAUAUUGAGCAAACCGCGGUCCGAUACGCCAGAAACCCAUGAGAAACAAUGCGUGAGAACCCCCAACGGCCUAGAGAAACAGGGACGGAGCCCGAGCAUGCAGGUCGAGAAAGCGGGUCCGAGUUGUGCGAAAAUCCCGAGACUCCGAGACGCGAAUGAGUCGCCCGAGAAUCAGGACCCGACCGGGAGUCGGGAAAAGAGAUCGCUCAUCAGACGGAGAUCGUCCGUCUCACCUUCGAAAAACUUAACGAAGAACGUGACUCUGGCAAGCGUUCAGUCGUCGGACUCGAGAUCGACGCCCAACAUAUCAGCCGCCCUGACCAAGUUGGUGAUGACCAAUGAAAACGAAACCCACAGAGACAGCGGUCUUCCGAGCAGCCGGUAUUCCCUAAGUGAGAAUUGCAACGAAUGCGACUUCACUGCCAGUUCAGCGGUAGAGCUAGCCACGCACAAAAUACAAGUACAUACCAAACCACGCCCGGUUGCGAAAACCCAAUCCAGAAAGAGACAAAUCAACUCGCCGAUUGAAGACGAAAUCCGAGACGCUUCGAAGGACGACCAACUUUACGUUUGCGACCUCUGCGGUUUCACCUCGAAGAACCGGGGGGCUCUCGGAAGCCAUCGGAACCGACACAAGUCGGAAGUCGACACAACCAGUCCAAAGAAUCUGCCGCUGAACCUGAGAGCGAACUCGGAGCAUUUCAAACCCGUAUACGACUGCCCCAAAUGCAUAAAUAUCAGUUUUAAGACCCUGAACGUGAUGAGUAGACAUUUCGCCAGACGGCACUUGGACGAGAACCUGCAGUAUAUCACCAGAAUCGCGUGCAGUCAUUGCGUGCACAGUUACAGUCAGAACGACGGAUCCACUGAGUACAAGAAGCAUCUGAAGGAAGUUCACGAUAUCGAGGCGAAUUUCGAAAACACGGAAAAGCCCUCGUCCGAUCUAGCUAGAGGAGCGACUGUGAGCAGGAAGAGUUCUCUCCUCGGAAACGGGGCCAUCAACGAAGUUUCGCCGAUCCUGACCAACGGCGAAGCUGGACCCAGCGGAGUCAAUAAUUCCGAUGUACCUGCCGGCGGUAACGACCUUCUGGCCGAGACCGCGUCGAAUGCGGACACUGAGCGUGCUUCCUCACGGGGCAGUUUUGUUGUGAGUCUAAACGAGAUAUCCGCGAAAGCGCAGGCGGCCACACUCGAUGUGGAGCGGUGCCGUUUGUCGAACGACGACGAGGCUACGAUUGAUGCCGAUCUUCCGAAAGUCAAGUCCGAGUUCACGAGGAACACUUCUUCGACCGUUGUGUUCCACAAAUGUACCGAUUGCAACUACCAGACUUCCCAACUUCAUUUUCUUCGACGGCACGCCAUCGCCUGUCACAGCAACGGAACGAACGAGGACCCUUUUUUGUGCAGGUUCUGCAACUUCGCCACGGCUCACCGCUCGACUAUUAAGAGCCAUCUCGUUUCGGUUCAUCGGGAUUCCAGCACGAAAAUCUCAGAGUGUUAUAGGAACUCGGAGCAAAUUCGCGAGUUCUUCGAGAAAAACGCUACACCUGCUAAGAAGCUCCAACAACCAGUCAAAACUGUUCGGAUGAGAUUGACCAAGAGCGCGCCGGUCGCUCCGCCUGUAUCAUCGUUGAAGAGUGAGUCGUCUACUAACCAUAACAAAGAGUCUGUGAUCAAGAAACCAGCGAAGAAGCAAGGCCGGCCCUCCCAACAAUUCGGUGCGGCGUUGAAGCUGAAGAAAGCCGCUCUGGCCAAACAGCGGAGUCAGAGCUUCACGACAUUGGAUUCGAAAGCCGCGCAGUUGAGUCGUACGAGGGCGUCUCCGAGAAGGCCCUCGUCACGACAAUCCGCCGCUGAAGCUCCAUCAGAUAAAAGGAGAUCGUCCUCGAGAAAUCCCACAAAUUUGAAGUGUCCGGAUUGCACAUACGAGGCGAAGAGUUAUCAGAUGUUCACCAAGCACAGCGUUCUGCAUCAGGAUGUUGACGAAGCGAAGCUGGCCCUAUGCGAAGUUUGCGGGGUCGUGAAACUGAAGAGUUCAAUGUUUUACCAUUUGAAAAAACACCAAGUAGAUCCACCAAAGACGGCGACUAGGCUUUCACAAUGA